AUGCUGAUUUCUCCUAAAACCGUGUUUGACAUUGUGUUUAGCAAGCAGUAUAGAAGAAAGCAAAGGAAAACCAUACAGACUCAACUCUCUUACACUCCUUCUCGACCAAGAACAACCUCAACAACCAACACCAUGUGUGGGUACUACGGAAACUACUAUGGAGGCAGAGGCUAUGGCUGCUGUGGCUAUGGAGGCCUGGGCUGUGGCUAUGGAGGCCUGGGUUAUGGCUAUGGAGGCCUGGGCUGUGGCUAUGGAGGUCUGGGCUGUGGCUACCGUGGACUGGGCUGUGGCUAUGGCUGUGGCUAUGGCUAUGGCUCACGCUCUCUCUGUGGAUGCCUGGGUUAUGGCUAUGGAGGUCUGGGCUGUGGCUAUGGCUGUGGCUAUGGCUAUGGCUCACGCUCUCUCUGUGGCUGUGGUUAUGGAUGUGGUUCUGGCUAUGGGUCUGGAUUUGGCUAUUACUACUGA